AUGGCUUCAGCGAGUACCGACGACGUCGUCCGAAUAAAACCCGUGUCGCAGCUGCCCAUUAGUGCCUUGGAGCUCGGGAAGACUUUGUACCCCGAUCCAUUGCAUUUUAAAACUGCGGAGCAUCUCGUUGAGUUUCGACGAGCCGCCGACUAUAUAUCUGCUGCAAUGAUAUUUUUGCGAGACAACGUUCUCCUCGAACGCGAACUGGCAUACGACGAUAUAAAGCACAUUAUUGGAUACUGGGGCGUCUCUCCUUGCAUCAGCCUACUUUACGCUCAUAUAAACCUCGUGAUUGAAAAGUAUAAUCAGCCCAUGAUCUGCCUAUUUGGUCCAAACCAUGGCGUCCCAGCUAUUCUGUCGUGUCUGUGGUUAGAAGGGUCUUUGGAACAUUUCUAUCCGCAAUAUACUAGAGACAGAAAAGGGUUGCACAACCUUAUUACUGGGUUUAGUGUCCCAGGAGGCUUCCCCAGUCACAUAAAUGCAAGUGUCCCUAGCUGCAUUCAUGAAGGUGGCGAACUUGGACAUGUACUCUCCAUCGCAUAUGGCACGGUGUUGGACAAACCCGACUUGAUAACGAUUGUGGUGAUCGGAGAUGGUGAGGCUGAAACAGGCCCAACCGCAACCGCAUGGCACAUGUGCAAAUACAUCGAUCCUGAGCAAUCUGGUGCUUCAAUACCCCUCUUGUAUCUUAACAGCUUUAAGGGUGACCGGAAUACAAUUUUUGAGUCCAUGGACGAUGCUGAACUUUGCUGUCUCUUCACCGGUUAUGGCUAUAAACCAUGCAUCGUUGAUGACAUAAAUGACAUAGACAGAGAGCUCUAUACAACGCUGUCCUGGGCAAUUGAGACUGUCCGAGAAAUCCAACUUAACGCAAAAGCCAGGGCCCGAAGUGGAAAGCCGAGGUGGCCGAUGAUUAUACUCAGAAUACCGAAAGAUUGGGGUUAUCCUCAGUUAGGCCAGAAAGAACACCUCACUAGUUCGUUUCAUGGCCAUGAAGUCAUCUUGCCGCACGCGAAGACUAACCAACGAGAGCUAAAACACCUACAAGACUGGCUCAGCUCCUAUAAGCCAGCUGAUAUUUUUUCGGGCGGAGGAAUUUCAGAUAAUAUCGAACGCAUCCUGCCACCAAACAGUAAGUUACGACUAGGACAGAACCGACUGACGUGGGACGUGCGACACCACCUUGAUGUACCGGAGUGGAGGCACUUUGGUGUCGCGAAAGGGAACUACUACAGCUGUCUUAAAGCUGCAGCGGUCUUCCUCGAUGAAACACUAACGCGAAACAAGAACUUGCUGCGUAUCUUUUCGCCGGAUAGGCUUAUAAGCAAGAACCUUGACAAGAUCUCCGACCGAACAUUUCGCAGCUUUCGAUGGCAUGAACAUAAUAUAAACAAAGGAGAGCAAGUCAUAGAGUUCACGUCUGAGCAUACCUGUCAAGGCUUACUCCAAGGCUAUACCAUGACUGGACGUACGGGGAUCUUCGCCGCCAAUGAAUGCUUACUUCCGAUCAUUGCGACAAUGAUGAUGCAGUAUAGUAAAUUUCUGAGAACCGCAAGAGACACUCCGUGGCGCAAUGAUAUGAACAGCCUAAAUUACAUCUCCACCAGCACUUGGACUCAUCCGGAACCCAGCGGCAUGUCACAUCAAAAUCCGAGCUUCAUCGGCUCAGUGCUGAACCUAAAAUCCGGGAUCGGGAGGGUAUAUCUACCACCUGACGCAAACACAUUCCUCUCGACCCUCGCUCACUGCUUAAGGUCGAAGAAUUACAUUAAUUUCAUCGUGUCAUCUGGGAAUCCAGGCCCUACAUGGCUCAGCCCGGAGGAAGCAGAUAUUCACUGUCGAGCUGGAGGAAGCGUGUGGAAAUUUGCCAGUACAGAUGAUGGCAUUGAUCCUGACGUCGUCCUCGUCGGAUUGGGAGCAGCUGUCAUGUUUGAGGUUAUUGCUGGUGCAGCCUACUUACGAAAGCUUGCGCCCUCUUUGGCCGUCCGCGUGGUUAACAUUACGGACCUGAUGAUGCUGGGGCACGAAGAAUCGCACCCUCAUGCACUAAGCCAUCGCGAUUUCGACACAUUGUUUACUCCACACCGAGACAUCCAUUUCAAUUAUCAUGGCUAUGCCAAUGAGCUGCAGGGUUUACUUUUCGGAAGACCGAACACCGAACGAAUCUCCAUUACUGGGUUUCAAAACGAAGGCGCGGCCACAACUCCAUUUGCAACCGUCCUUCGAAAUGGAUGCAGUCGCUAUCAUGUUGCCGAGGCUGCAGUUCGCGGAGCUUCAAAAUGCAAUCCUCACAUUGCGGUCGACAUGCAAAAGCUCGUGGCGCAUAUCCAGCAUGAAAGGGCCAAGGUGGAACAAUUUAUCCUCAAAAAUGGUGUGGAUCCAAACGGUAUGUAUGAUGUGCCGAAGUUCUCUCAGUCUCAUGGUCGCCAUCAUCCAAGUGGUGGGCAAGAUUGGGCAUCCCACGAUUUGACAUAUCAUGUCCCAAAAGGAGAACUAGAUGAGAAUGGGAAUGAUGAGGAUGAGAUGCUUCAGUGA